AUGGAGACAACUAGCGUCGAAACAGUGGGUGCGGCAGAUGACUUUCGCCAAUUUAUCAAGGAGCUGGAAGAUGAAAAUGACCUGAUUGUCAUUACCAAAGAGGUUGACCCCCAUCUGGAACUUGCGGCUAUUACACGCAAAGUCUACGAGACCGAGGAGAAGGCCCCCCUGUUUGAGAAUAUUAGAGGUCGUCAGGGUAGCGGCCUUUUUCGUAUUCUAGGAGCUCCCAUCGGAUUGAGUCGCAUUCCUGGCCAUCGAUUCGGCCGUAUCGCGAAAUCGCUGGGGCUACAUUCUACUGCGACUGGCGAAGAAAUUAUCGACAAGAUCAAGAAGUGCAAAAGCAUGUUGCCUUUAUCUCCUGUCGAAGUUACGCCUGAUAAAGCACCCGUUAAACAGUACAAACUCUUUGGUGACGACAUCGACCUGAACGCUCUGCCAGUCCCCUUCCAUCACGACGGAGAUGGUGGGAAGUACCUGCAAACUUUUGGUAUGCAUAUUGUGAGAACCCCCGAUGGGUGCUGGACCAAUUGGUCAAUCACUCGGGGGAUGGUUCAUGAUAAACGUUCACUUGUUGGACCUGUUAUUCUAAAACAGGACAUUGGUGUAAUAUGGCAGAUGUGGAAAGAGAGAGGGCAGGACAUGCCAUGGGCUCUUUGCUUUGGAGUCCCUCCGGCUGCCAUAAUGGCAGGUGGCAUGCCAAUUCCCAAGUGGACGGAUGAAGCUGGAUUCGUAGGUGUGUUGUCUGGAAAGCCCGUGAAAGUAGUGAAGUGCGAGACAAACGACCUCUACGUCCCCAUGAAUGCAGAAUUUGUCCUAGAAGGUGUGGUAUCUACUACCGAAGUUGGCCCUGAAGGCCCAAUGGCGGAGUAUCAUGGUAUGAUCUUCCCAGGAGAGGCAAAGAACAAAUCUCUCUUCAAGGUGAAUGCAAUUACCUACAGACAUGAUCCGAUCUUGCCACUCUGUGUGGCAGGAAGAGCUACGGAAGAAAAUCACACUGUAUGGGGCAUCAUGCAGGCUGCUGAGGUUUUGAACGUGUGUCAAGCCGCAGGACUGCCAAUCAAGAUGGUUUGGUGUCCCUUUGAGUCCCAUUGUCUGUGGUUUGUCCUCCAGGUUGACCGGCAGAGGUUGAGAGCCUUGAACACAAACAUCCAAGACUUCAGCAAACAGGUGGGCCAUACUGUCUUUGGAUCAAAGCCUGGCUGGUAUAUCCCGAAACUAUAUCUGGUUGGCGAGGACAUCGACCCGACAGAUCUCCGAGAUGUAAUCUGGGCAGAAUCUACUCGCUGCCAGCCUUUGACAAAUGAAUUCUUUUUUGAGGAAUACGGAAAUAUUCCCUUGAUUCCGUACGUCGGGUAUGGCAUCAAGCCGGAGCAUGGCAAUCACCCGAAGGUUGUACGCUGCUGCAUGUUUCCUUGCGAGUUUGUGGAUGAGAAACUAUGCUGGAAAGAAGGAUCUUUCCGCGGAUCUUACCCCUCUCAUAUUCAGAACAAGGUCACGCGUAAAUGGAAGGCAUAUGGAUUUGAUAGUGAGUGA